AGGGUCAAGGGUCACAACAACGUUUUGUCAGCGCCGCCGCGCGUCCAAUGGCGUUCGGACGUCCGUCAUCUCGUCCAAUCGCAAUCGGGAGCCGCACCGCUGCCCCCCUCGCGCCUCGAGCGAGGGGCUAUAAGAAGGAUUCCGAGCCGGCAAGGAGCCACCAUCAACCGGUCCGGAUCUUCCCGUGCUCCAGGUCUUCACCCAAUCGUCAAGCAUGAAAGUCCUCGUCGCCGCCUUCGUCGUGAUCGCGCUGGCUCAAGGGAGCCUCGCCGCGGACGCCGGCGAGCUGGAAAUGAUCGGCCAGAAAUUCGAGGAGAUCAAGAACAAAAUGACGGAGGAGCUGAGCAAGUUGAUCAACACUCAGGAGUUUGGCAGCCAGGCUCAGGCCUUCCUGGAGCAGCAGAGGAGCCAGUUUGAGCCCAUCAUGAGCAAGGUCCAGGAGCAGAUGAAGGCGGCCGCCGCCGGCAUGCAGGAGCAGCUGGAGCCCAUGAGCAGCAACUUGCAGGCGCAGCUGCAGCCCGCGCUGGUCAAGUUCCAGGAGCAGAUGGAGGCCAUCCUCAGGCAGGUGACCGAGCAGGCCAAGGCCCUCAGCAACUGACGUCUUUCGGUACCUUUGGCGAAG